GAGAGAGAGAGAGAGAGAGAGAGAGCGAUAGAGAAGGGACAUGGCAGGGGUAGCAGUGGUGGGAUUGUUCUGGCCGUCGAAGCUGACUCAUAAAUCUCCACCUUUCUCUUCUUCACGAUGUUCUCGUCGAUAUAUCCCUUCUUCUUCUUCUAAUGUAAGAAUGGCCAUUUCAAUCGACGAGAAGAAGAAAACUUUUACUCUUCAGAAGUCUGAAGAAGCAUUCAACACCGCCAAGGAGUUGAUGCCUGGAGGUGUAAAUUCCCCUGUACGUGCUUUCAAAUCAGUCGGUGGCCAGCCCAUUGUAAUUGAUUCUGUGAAGGGAUGUAGAAUGUGGGACAUAGAUGGUAACACGUACAUCGACUAUGUUGGUUCAUGGGGUCCAGCAAUCAUUGGUCAUGCAGAUGAUGAGAUACUGGAAGCGUUGGCUGAAACAAUGAAGAAGGGAACUAGCUUUGGUGCUCCAUGUCUUCUUGAAAAUGUCCUGGCAGAGAUGGUCAUUUCAGCUGUUCCAAGCAUAGAAAUGGUUCGUUUUGUCAACUCGGGCACUGAAGCAUGCAUGGGUGUACUCCGGUUAGCCCGUGCCUUCACUGGCAAGGAGAAACUCAUCAAGUUUGAGGGUUGCUACCAUGGCCAUGCAGAUCCAUUCCUUGUUAAGGCAGGCAGUGGAGUUGCUACCCUUGGACUCCCAGACUCCCCUGGUGUUCCCAAAGGAGCUACUUAUGAAACACUAACUUCACCGUUCAACGACAUUGCAACUGUGGAAAAUCUCUUUGAGACACACAGAGGAGAAAUUGCCGCAAUUAUCCUUGAGCCUGUUGUGGGAAACUCUGGCUUCAUUGCACCCAAACCUGAUUUUCUCAAUGCUAUUCGCAGGAUCACCAAGGAAAAUAAUGUCCUCCUCAUCUUUGAUGAAGUUAUGACUGGUUUCCGUUUGUCUUAUGGUGGCGCCCAGGAGUACUUUGGCAUAACUCCGGAUUUAACAACACUGGGAAAGAUUAUUGGAGGUGGGCUGCCAGUCGGUGCAUAUGGAGGAAGGAGGGAGAUUAUGGAGAUGGUGGCACCAGCAGGACCAAUGUACCAGGCUGGAACCCUCAGUGGCAACCCAUUGGCAAUGACUGCAGGAAUUCAAACUCUCAAGCGGUUACAGGAGCCAGGAAGUUAUGACUACUUAAAUAAAAUCACAAGUGAACUUAUUCAGGGUAUUGUGGAUGCUGGAAAGAAGGCUGGGCAUGCAAUAUGCGGUGACUAUAUAAGCGGGAUGUUUGGCUUCUUUUUCACAGAAGGGCCUGUUUAUAACUUCGCAGAUGCAAAAAAGAGUGACACCACAAAGUUUGCAAGGUUUUAUAGAGGAAUGUUAGAGGAAGGUGUUUACUUUGCACCCUCACAGUUUGAGGCUGGAUUUACUAGCUUAGCUCAUACUUCCGAGGAUAUUCAACAGACAAUAGCCGCUGCUGAGAAGGUUUUCAGAAAAAUCUAGGUAGUAUGUCUCUAAUUUCUCAUCAGCUUAUGUGGUGGUGCUUCUGGUUGUUUAUUCAUUUUUGAAGUUAGGGUUUUCCUUUGGUUGUGAAGCUUUAUGUGAUUGUAUACUUUUUUCUCCAGCAAGAUGUGUGAUUUUUAAUUAGACAUUUUUUACCUUGUCCAUUGUUGAUGUAUCACAUGUAUUAACCUCAUUAAACUUAAAAGUGCUUGAUAUUUAUUAAAAUGCCCCUUCUCUUUUCGGUUGGCUUUUUUCUUUCCUCCUACUGUAAUAUUUCAGGAUUCUAUACUGUUGUAGAUUCCUGUUGGAGGAGGAUGAGGAGGAGGAAAUGCUUGUAAUGGUGACAAAUGGAAUGAGUGAAUGUGAUCAUAAUUUGCAGCCUCAGAGAUUCAAUUGAAGACAUAUUACAGUGACCAACUGUAACAAAUUUGGAAG